UUUCCGUUAGCAGAAAAAUAAUUCUGAAAAACUUCUAUUGUUCUAUUUACAUUUACUCUGCUUGUGAAAAGAUUUCGUGAUAUAUACCGGUGAAAAUUAGUUAUGUGUGAAAAUAGUCAAAAAUUGAAAUGGACUCCUUUAAAACGAAGACUUGAACCCUCACAUCCUUUAUUUGAGGAAGGCAACAUUGUGUGUUGCUUGUUAACAAAGCAAUUUCCUUUUGAUUUGUCAACCGAGGAAGAAUUCUUUGAGCAAGAAUCCUCAGCUAUUCCAUGUGGCAUAUCUGGCUGCAAUAAAAUUCUUGACAGUGUUAAUAGCUAUGAGUUACAUUAUAACAGUACACACAGAAACGUGUGUGGUCAGUGUAAGAGGAACUUCCCCACCUCCCAUCUCCUGGACAUCCAUCUCCUAGAGUGGCAUGACUCCAUGUUUGAUCUCCUGGCUGCCAAGUCACCCAUGUUUCAGUGUUUGUUGGAAUCCUGUGGAGAAAAGUUUUCUACACAUAAAGACAGAAAAAAUCAUGUGAUCAAGUGUCAUAAAUUCCCCUCCAACUUUAGAUUUGAAAGAAAGAAGAAACUAAAUCAAGAGGAGAAGGGUGAGGACAGUAUGGAGGUACAGAUCUCAAAGCCAGACUCACAAAGCCAGAGAAAGUUCAGCUACAAAGUGCCAUCUCAGAUUUGCUUUGGACAUGGCUCAGCCCCAGGAUUUCAGAGAGGGAGGGGGAGAGGGAGAGGAGGAAAUAAGGGCCACAAGAAACACUGGCACCAGGCCAAAAAAGGAGAGACACCCACAGUGGACAUUGAGACUGUGGACAUGAUGGACUUAGCUCAGGCACUGGACACACCAGAGAACAGUGUAGUGGACACUUAAAAAAUGUGUUAAUUUUUAAAAGCCUUGUGUAAAAUGCAUUUUCAGUGAAGAUUGUAUUUUUUUCUGAAUAAUUCAUUGUUGAAGUUCA